AUGGGAUCGAUCCUCUCCAACGUACGUCUCGGGUACCAGUCGCUCAGAACCAUCGCCAACGACUACGAUACCAUCAUCAAACGCAUCUCCCUCUCCCCCGGAAUUCCUGGCCGGGACAUCGACUCUAACAAAGAUUCGGGUCACGGUAAUGGUACAAUAUCCUACUGGACAGUACCUCCAUCGCCAAUUGCUCGCCAUGGCGCAGAUGCUCAGCUGCCGUUGGAGGUCGUGGAUGUAGUAAUCAUUGGAAGUGGGAUCUCGGGGACGGCAGUGGCUAAGACAUUGAUGGAGAGAGAUGCUCAGUUGCGUGGAGAACGCGGCGGGAAGGAUGAUGGUGGGGCAUUGAGAGUGGUCAUGCUUGAAGCAAGGGACACUUGUUCAGGGGCUACCGGAAGAAACGGAGGGCAUAUUUCGCCAAAUGUGUACGACGAUUAUUCUGCGCUGAAGAAGAAGCACGGGGCCUCCCUCGCCCUCCAGAUUCUUCGCUUCCGGCUGGCUCAUAUUUCGGUUCUAGUCGCCGCAGCGGAAGAGGAAGGUUUAUUGUCCGAAUCGCAGGCGAGAGUGGUCGAGGAGUUUGAUGUGUUUGUGCAACAGUCGAUGCUCGACGAUGCGAAGAACGAGCUCGACGCAUUUCUCAAAGAAGUUCAAGAGGAUGGUGACAAGUUUCAAGUACUGGAAAGUCGGGAAGACAUGGAGCGGCUACAACUCUCUUCGAGGAUAAUUGGUGCUGUCUCUAAACCUGGCGCUGCUAUUCACCCCUACCGCUUCGUGACCGGUAUACUCUCUAAUAUCCUCUCUCGUCACUCGAAUUUCCAGCUUUUUACACAUACACCUUGCACAUCCAUAGUUCCAGACGUUGAUGGAUACUACGUCAUCAACACUCCUCGUGGGCCUGUGAAAACCCUACACGUCGUCCACACCACCAACGCCUGGGCAUCCCAUCUUCUCCCCGGCCUCCGUCGCAAGAUCGUGCCAAUGAGACUUCACAUGUCCGCACAACGGCCUGGACAAGGCAUCAUGCCCAGUCCGAACCUGGGAUCCUCUGAUGCCCCAUCUUCGACUGAAAAUGAAGAUUCAAAGGCGACAUUGUCGAAGGAGACAACCCGGGCUGAGUCCUGGGCUGGCAAACGGGCCUUCGUAUUUUACCCCGGAAAGUCAAAAUUCACAUUUGAUUGGCUCACGCAGCAACCUCCGGCAUCCUCAUCCCCACCAAUGGAUGCCCAUUCCAUGUCGGGUCAAUAUGGACCUACCCAUGGCGAGUUCAUGCUCGGAGGCGGGGCCAUGCUCGGCGGUCGUGCCGACGCAGUUUUGUUUGAUAACUUUGGUGUUGCAGACGAUACCCAAGAGCCAGAUAUCGAGGUGAACGCGUAUCUCGGAGGCAUUCUACCGUGCUACUUCUCGAAUUGGGGACUAGAAGGGCAUGACAGUGACGUUGGCGCGGGACCAGAGGACACGAGCGUGGCUGAUGGUGGUCGCUGGGAGCAAGGUCGUGUGAAGGCGAUAUGGACGGGUAUCAUGGGUAUAUCGGUGGAUACAGAGCCUUGGGUUGGGAGAGUCCCGGCAAAGGUAUCUGGUAGACGCGAAGUCGCAGCGUCAACGGUGAAUCGUAAUGACUCGAUGUUGAUAUCUGCGGGAGAGUGGAUCGCGGCAGGAUAUAGUGGUGAGGGGAUGGCGAAUGCGUGGUUGUGUGGGGUGGAGCUAGCGAGGAUGAUUUUGGGAUCAGACGUGGUCGCUGGUGGGAAUGAAGCAGAUAGCAGUAAGACGCAGGGCCCAGGUCUUCCCUCUAGUUUCUUGAUCACGGAGAAGAGGUGUAAGGAUGCGAAAAUAGAGGAUUUGAUGGAAGGCCUUGCUGGAUAGGGUCAGUGGUGGAUGCGGUGAGACAUUCACCCCAAUCACCGCACCCCAGGCUCGCACUCACGUUGGUUGUAUCCGAACAAAGGCCAGAGCUUACUGUGU